AUGGGACCGGGCUCACCUGUAGGACCGGGCUCACCUGUAGGACCGGGCUCACCUAUAGGACCGGGCUCACCUAUAGGACCGGGCUCACCUAUAGGACCGGGCUCACCUAUAGGACCAGGCUCACCUAUAGGACCAGGCUCACCUAUGGGACCGGGCUCACCUAUGGGACCGGGCUCACCUAUGGGACCAGGCUCACCUAUAGGACCAGGCUCACCUAUGGGACCGGGCUCACCUAUGGGACCGGGCUCACCUAUGGGACCGGGCUCACCUGUAGGACAGGGCUCACCUAUGGGACAGGGCUCACCUAUGAGACCGGGCUCACCUAUGGGACCAGGCUCACCUAUGGGACCGGGCUCACCUAUAGGACCGGGCUCACCUAUAGGACCGGGACCAGGCUCACCUAUGGGACCGGGCUUACCUAUGGGACCAGGCUCACCUAUGGGACCGGGCUCACCUAUGGGACCGGGCUCACCUGUAGGACCGGGCUCACCUAUGGGACCAGGCUCACCUAUGGGACCGGGCUCACCUAUGGGACCAGGCUCACCUAUGGGACCAGGCGCACCUGUAGGACCGGGCUCACCUAUGGGACCGGGCUCACCUAUGGGACCAGGCUCACCUAUGGGACCAGGCUCACCUAUGGGACCGGGCUCACCUAUGGGACCGGGCUCACCUAUAGGACCGGGCUCACCUAUGGGACCGGGCUCACCUAUGGGACCAGGCUCACCUAUGGGACCAGGCUCACCUAUGGGACCAGGCUCACCUAUGGGACCGGGCUCACCUAUAGGACCGGGCUCACCUAUGGGACCGGGCUCACCUGUAGGACAGGGCUCACCUAUGGGACCGAGCUCACCUAUAGGACCGGGCUCACCUAUGGGACCAGGCUCACCUAUAGGACCGGGCUCACCUAUAGGACCGGGCUCACCUAUAGGACCGGGCUCACCUAUAGGACCGGGCUCACCUAUAGGACCGGGCUCACCUAUGGGACCGGGCUCACCUAUGGGACCAGGCUCACCUAUAGGACCGGGCUCACCUAUAGGACCAGGCUCACCUAUGGGACCGGGCUCACCUAUGGGACCAGGCUCACCUAUGGGACCGGGCUCACCUAUGGGACCAGGCUCACCUAUGGGACCAGGCGCACCUGUAGGACCGGGCUCACCUAUGGGACCAGGCUCACCUAUGGGACCAGGCUCACCUAUGGGACCAGGCUCACCUAUGGGACCAGGCGCACCUGUAGGACCGGGCUCACCUAUGGGACCGGGCUCACCUAUGGGACCAGGCUCACCUAUGGGACCAGGCGCACCUAUAGGACCGGGCUCACCUAUGGGACCAGGCUCACCUAUGGGACCAGGCGCACCUAUGGAGGGCAGAAUCAUGAGCCACCAACUUGACUUUAGCAUCUCCUGA